AUGGCCCUGACAAAGCGUCUCACUGGGGACCUCUUGCAUCUUCAACGCCGCCCGGCCGGGUGGAUCUCCAAUGAUGCCAAGUCCUGCUUUGACCGGAUUGUCCAUUGGGUGGCAAUCAUUAGCCUCAUGCGCUUUGGGAUUCAAUGGCGUACCCUUCGCUCCAUGUUUGAUACACUGAUGAAGUCUAAACACUGGGUGCGCACGGGGUUUGGCAAUUCAGACCGUGUCUUUACCCCUCCGACUCUGAUCCCAUUUCAAGGAUGUGGAAAAGGCAAUAGGGCAGGACCUCCUAUCUGGGUUGCAAUUAGCUCCAUUCUGUUGGGGAUGAUGAUUAGCAAAGGCUUUGGAUUUCCGUUCUCCAAUCCACAAGAGCCGGGUCCUCCUCCACUCUAUGGGCCCUCACCUACCAGCCAACCACCUGCUCCCCCAUCUUCCAUCCUUGACCUCUGGCAUCACUUUGGUAGUCUGGCUGAAUCAGGUUCUCACGGCUGGGUUUCAGAGGUCAUUACCAUUGAAGGUAGUGAGGACCGCCUGGUUCAGGCCCUUCGCGCCGGUACCCUUUGUGCUGUGAGCGACGGCUCUUACAAAGCUAAAGUGGGCACAGUCUGCGCCCAAAUUCUCACUGAUGACCGCAGGGAUAUCAUCUGGAUCACCUGCCAAACCCCUGGGAAAUUUGACGACCAGAGUUCCACGUGCAGCGAAUUGAUUGACCUUAUGGCCUCUCUCCUGGUGUUGGACUGGAUGUCUCAGGUCGCCCACCUGAAACUCUUUGCCAGCCAACCGUCGGUUGAGAUGGCCUGCGACGGGCUUGUAGCUCUUGAUAAGUCCUUCUCCAAAUUCCACCUGUCAUUGUCUGGUGCCCAAUUUGAUCUGGCCUCAACCAUCCGGGCCUUGCUUCGCCACCUUCCCCUCCAAGUUCAUCGGCGCCAUGUUAAAGGCCACCUGGACAAGCACCGGCCUUUCUCUCAACUGGACUGGUGGGAGCAGCGCAAUGUGGAAGUAGACUCCAAAGCAUAA